GCGGGAAGGCCGUGUGCUGCCGGAAGUGGACCGGUUCGGUACCGGUUCGGUCCCGUCGGGUAGGCCCGGGAUGUCCGGGAGCGCGGCGGGGCGGCAGCUGUCGCCGGCGGAGGCAAAAGGUUGGUUGGCAGGUUCGUUUGAUGAUUUCUUCGGCAGUGAAGGUAUUUCUUCCGGCGUUGUUCCUGAAAACUCACUCCAAGGCAACUCUGGGAGAAAUCAGAGGAAAAAGGACCUGUCUGCGGCGCCGGGGUGCGGCACAAACAGAGUUCUGUCAAGAAAAAGAGCAAAGGCGUCUUCAGUAGAUCGGCCUUGUAGCAAGUCCAGGCAGAACUGGAGCCAGUCUCAAGAUGAGCCGUGGGUAGAUAAAUACAAACCCGAAACUCAGAAUGACCUUGCUGUGCAAAAGAAGAAAAUUGAAGAAGUUGAAACCUGGUUAAGAAUGCAUAUAUUUCAGAGACACCCAAAGCAGGGUGGCUCUGUUUUGCUGUUAACUGGUCCUGCUGGCUGUGGAAAGACAGCAACUAUACAAAUAUUAGCAAAAGAUCUUGGUGUUCAAGUGCAAGAAUGGACCAAUCCAAUAUCUUUAGACUUCACAAAGGAAGAUGUAAGAAAUAUAUCUGGCCAUGACUCAAAUUCUCAUGCGUUUCCAAGUCAGGCCCAGACAGCUCUUUUUCAGGAUUUUCUGUUAAGAGCAAAUAAGUAUAACAAACUUCAGAUGCUUGGGGAGUCCUCACAAAAUGAUAAAAAGCUUAUUCUUAUUGAAGACAUGCCAAACCAAUUCUAUCGAGACCCUAGCAGUCUACAUGAAAUUCUCAGGAGAUUUGUGCGUACAAGUAGAUGUCCCCUUAUAUUUAUAAUAUCAGAUAACUUCAGUGGAGACAGCAACCAGAGGUUACUAUUCCCCAAAGAAGUUCUAGAGGAGUUGUGUAUAUCAGUUAUUAGUUUCAAGCCUGUUGCACCAACGAACAUGAUGAAAGUUCUCAAUCGAAUAGUUGCAGCAGAAGCUAACAUAAACAGAGAGAAUUAUGCUCCUGAUAGAGCUUCCCUGGAGUUGCUUUGCAAAGGUUGUUCAGGUGAUAUAAGAAGUGCAAUAAACAGUCUCCAGUUUUUUUCCAUGAAAGAAUGCUCACUGGAGAAAGACUUCUGGUCAAGGAAGAAACGGAGUUCCACACUAAAGGGUGAAACAGCAGCAGCAGUGUGUAAUAUAAGGAAGAAAAGUAAAUCCGAUAUUUCAGAAGACCAGGCAAUACAAGCUAUUGGUGGCAAGGAUGCUUCCAUCUUUCUCUUUCAUGCUCUAGGAAAAAUAAUCUACUGCAAAAGAGAACCGCUGUCAGAAUCUGAAUUCCCUCAGCUGCCUUCUCACUUAUUAGAACACCAUCGAGACACAUUGCUUAUCCAUCCCGAGGAUAUUGUGGAAAAAUCACACAUGUCUGGAAGCAUGUUUAAUUUGUACCUUCACCAGAACUAUGUAGAAUUUUUUACUGACAUAGAUGACAUUGUGAGAGCCAGUGAGUACCUGAGCGCUGCUGAUGUCCUUUGUGGUAACUGGAGUUCACGGCUUGUGAUGGAAGAAUACAGUACAUCUGUGUCUACUCGAGGUGUGAUACAUUCAAAUAAAUCCAGAGCCUUUGCCCACUGCCAAGGAGGGAUGGGGUUCCGGCCUUUACAUAAACCCCAAUGGUUCUUUAUCAAUAGCAAGUAUCAAGAAAACUGUGCUGCUGCAAAAUCUCUCUUUUCAAGCUUCUGUUUAUCACCAGAGUGUCUUCAGACAGAGCUACUGCCUUACCUUGCAAAGUUAGCAAAUCCUAUGAGAAAUGAAGCUCAGAUUGCUUUUAUCCAAGAUGUUGGGAGGCUGCCACUGAAAAGACAUUUUGGGAGGUUAAAGCUUGAAACACUUACUGAUAAAGAUCCUGGAGUUCCAGACUUACUUGCUGGUUAUGAGGAGGACCCCAUUGACAUGCAUGCUGCAGAUGUGGCUGUACAGAUGGAGGAGAAUAGAACAAAUGAGAAUGAUUGCGAUGGAUUGCCCCUUUCAUCCAGCCAGCGCAGUGGAAGUGAACUACCUUGCAGUCAGCCUCAGCCUGUUGCUGCUCAAGUAGCUAUGGAGGAAGAUGAAUUAAACAUAGAGGAAUAUGACAGCGACUAAGACCAGCAAAACAUCAACCACUGACUUAGCUGAUAGAAUGUUAUGCACCAAAGGCCUUUCCUAAAAUGCGUAUGGUUUGCUGAACAGAUUAAGGUGGGCUGGGAGGUCCAGUCUAAACGUACUGUGUCAGAAUCAAGACACUUUUCUUCAGCUUUCUCAUAGCUUUGCAGGAUCAGACCUGAUCAGAAUACUGAAUCACAGGCCAUUUCCUGCUUGUCCUGAGCCAUAAAAGUAUACUGAGACAGAGAGAACAACAAAUGAUCAAUUCAAAUAGGUUGAGACGGUAGCCAAUUAGUGCCAUUCUUAAGUUAUUUUCUUUUCUUAAUUUACUUUGGAGUUGUACAAUGUGCUCCUAUUUACACAUCUGUUAAGCUAUUAAUCAGCAGUUGAAGACUUUUCUAAAUUGCAUGUCUUGGAAAAGCUGCUGUUUGGAAGUUUGAGGAGUUUAAGGGGAUAUGUAAAAACUUUGAUAUCUUGUAUUGAUGAUGUAAAUAAAACUACUGUAUGAGCACUGCUCUGUAAUCUGCUAAAGAUAUUUUAAUGUGUUUAUAAGUAGAGCAUAUGUUGUACAACAGUUUAUUUUGGAUUUGUUCUUGAAAUUUUUUGAUAAUUUAUUGCGGUGAAAAUACAACAGUUAAGCAAA